UACAAGAACACCAGAACAAUGGUCCAUAAUUUCCUGACUGUGUUCCUAGUAGCGGCUAUUGCCCGCACAGGACUAGCCGGGAGCAUCGGAUAUGGCAAACCCGGAUACGGUGGUGGUGGAGAUUUCUUUAACGGCCACGGAGGAGGUCAUGGAGGUGGACACGGCGGCGGACACGGAGGUGGUCACGGAGGAAGUGCUUCAGCAGCAGCCCACGCAGCAGCAGUUGCAAACGCUCUAGGUGGCGGUGGAGGAGGAAGUGCCUCAGCAGCAGCACAAGCUGCAGCCGCUGCACGUGCUCUAGGUGGUGGUGGAGGUGCAUCCGCAGCCGCCCGUGCCGCAGCAGCCGCAAGCGCUUUAGGAGGCGGCGGUGGUGGUUUUGGAGGUCUCGGUGGAGGUUUCGGCGGUCUCGGCGGAGGUCUUGGUGGAGGUCUCGGUGGAGGCGGCCUUGGCGGACUUGGAGGUGGACUUGGCGGAAUCGGAGGAGGUGGACUCGGAGGAGGUGGUCUCGGAGGCGGUGGUCUCGGAGGCGGACCUGGAGGACUUUUGGGCGGCGGCGGCCCUGGUAGUGCAGGUGCAUUCGGAAACGGAAAUGCAGCUGCUGGACCAGGAGGCGCUGGUGCAAGCGCUAGUGCAGGAGCAUUUGCAACUGGCGGAGGAGGAUUCCCCGCACCAGGUGCACCCGGACCACAAGGCCCAAGAGGACCAGCUGGACCACCCGGUGACCCCGGACAUGGUGGACCACCUGGACCACCCGGACACUCGCCACAAGGACCACAAGGUUCCCGAGGAGCUCCAGGAGCACCAGGUGAACAAGGAGCCAAUGGCAGCCCAGGACAACCCGGAAAUGCAGGAGCACCAGGUCAACCAGGUGCACCUGGCCAAGCUGGAGCACCAGGAGCAAGAGGACCAUCAGGAGCUGCAGGACAUCAAGGAGCACAAGGAGGUGUCGGUCAACCCGGAUCUGCUGGACAACAAGGAAGUGCUGGACAACCUGGAGCCCCAGGAAAUCCAGGAGCACCAGGAUCACCAGGACCAACUGGACAAGCCGGAAGUGUCGGAAACGUCGGAGGACCAGGAGAACGAGGUGCACAAGGAUCAGCCGGACCACGAGGUAUUCAAGGCAGACCAGGAUGCCAAGGACUUCCAGGACCAAAGGGACCAGAUGGACCCCAAGGAGCACCUGGCAAACCUGGUGCCGAUGGACCAGCAGGAGUUAGAGGCCCAAUUGGACCAGCUGGUGGCAAAGGAGCAACAGGAGACAAAGGAGCACCAGGUGAUGUUGGACCAGAAGGACCAGAAGGACCAGCAGGUGGACCAGGACCAAAAGGACCAACCGGACCACAAGGAGCAAAGGGAUCCCCCGGAGAAGAUGGAGAACCAGGAGGUGAAGGUGAACCAGGAACAAAGGGAGGUGAUGGUUUACCAGGACAAGCCGGACCACGAGGAAAUGCUGGUCCACAAGGACCAGAAGGACCAGUCGGAGACAAAGGUGCUCCAGGAGAAGCUGGCGGACCCGGUGCACCAGGACCACACGGCCCACAAGGACCAGCUGGUGAACAAGGAGACCUCGGAGAAGUUGGACCCGCUGGUGAAGCAGGAGCUGCAGGAGUUCCAGGCGCCAAAGGAAUUCAAGGAACAGAAGGAGAACUUGGACCAGUCGGCAAAGAAGGACCAUCAGGAGAAGCUGGAGAUAAAGGUAGACUCGGACAAAAGGGACCUGCCGGAGAACCCGGACAACCAGGAGAAGAAGGCAAACAAGGAGAUCUUGGAGCACCAGGAAAUAGAGGAGCAACUGGUGUUGGUGGUGUCAAAGGACCAACCGGAUUCCGAGGAAACAGAGGUAAAUCCGGAAAUGCAGGCAGACCAGGUAGACCAGGCAGAAAUGGACCAAGAGGACCAACAGGACCACAAGGUCUACGAGGAAACCAAGGAGCUGAUGGUGAACAAGGAGGAUCUGGCGUCGGUGGAAUUGGAGGAACCAUUCAUAUUAUUGUUGAUGAUAAUGGUGCUCGAUUUGGAGACUUCGCUGAUAUAACUGGACCAAACAGCAAUGAAGUCAACAUGCAGCUUGUACGAGAAUUCAUUGGAGAUCUUGAUACAUUCCUGAGCUUGAAUGGCCCAGGUGGACCAGCUGGAGUCGGUGCAGGAGAAGGUGGAGCCGGAGGAGCCGGUGGUGGUGCCGGUGGAAACGGUGGUGGAGCCGGUGGAAACGGUGGAAACGGUGGUGGAGCCGGAGGAAAUGGUGGACUCGGAGGUGGAGCCGGAGGAAACGGUGGACUCGGAGGUGGACUCGGAGGUGGAUUCGGAGGACUCGGUGGUGGACUCGGAGGAGCUGGUGGACUUGGAGGAGUCGGCGGUGGAGUCGGUGGACUCGGAGGACUCGGAGGACUUGGAGGAUUAGGAUUUGGAGGAGCCGGUGCAAGUGCAGGAGCAGGAGCAAAUGCAGGAGCAGGAGGUGCUGGCGGUAGUGCUAGUGCUCAUGCCCAUGCACAUGCCCAUGCAUCAUCAGCAGGCGGACUUGGAGGAGGAUCCGCUCACGCACAUGCUGCAGCACACGCACAUUCAGUAAGUCACGCCGGAGGAUCACACGCACACGCAGCAGCCGCAGCACACGCACAUGCCGUAUCUCACGGAGCAUCUCUCGGAGGAUCUCACGGUGGAUCUGAUGGAGGACACUCACUGCACUACAACGACCCAUUUUAUGGCAACAAACAUAAAGCCGACUAUUAACUUUAAAUGAACUAUAUUGUAAAUGAAUGUUUUAUUAGUAAUAAAAAGUGCAAGUUCCUAAA